AUGGAUUCCGUAUUUCUGGAUGUAUUUUUCCCCAGAUGCCAAUACUCCGAAGCACCGAUAUCAGUAAUAACAAAUAUCUUAUCUGGAGAUGACACUUCAAAAUUUCUAGAUAUCUCAUAUCAAUUUCGCAAAUUAAGAUUUACCAAAGUGAAGGAUUUAGCUGGAGCAACCAUUGCAAAAAUCAGCUCGGUCAAAUUGUCAGGAGAUACCUUAACCCUGCUUUAUGGAGCUAUGGAGAAAUAUUGUGAACACCUAAAUGAUCUUCUGGUUUCUUCCAUUUUAGUACAUCAAAAUGGAAAUCUUCAAGAGUUACAAACAAAGUGCAAUGAAUUACUUAUGCAUAGGCCUAGAGAUUUUGAAGUUAUCCUGCUUCAUGCCCAGUUAUUAUUCGACCUCAAAAAAUAUCAGGAAUGCAUUAAUUGUUUAAUAAAUGCAAAAACUUUUUUUCCCAAUAAUACAGAUUUUUUUGAUAUGUUUGCAUUUUUAGUGUAUUUUAUUUCAUUAAACGAUAAUUAA